CACUCUGGCUUCAGAAGUUGCACCCGAAGGUCUUCCCACACGCACGCAGUCUCCACCGCCACCACCACCACCAUGUCCAUCGCCGGCAAAUACGUGCUCUCCAGCAACGAGAACUACGGAGAGUGGCUGGCUGCUGUCGGUAUCCCCGCUGACAGGAUCGCCAGACUGGAACAGGCCAAGCCACAGCUGGAGGUGAGCCAGAAUGGCAACGAUCUGAUGGUGAAGACUAUUGCUGGCGACAAGGACUUCACCAACACCAUCACCCUGGGCAAGGACUCCAAGGCUGGCCUGCCCGGCGGCAUCGAGUACACGCUCAACAUGAACCUGUCUGGCUCCACCCUGACUGGCACCUUUAACAUGGCAGGCAAGACUGGCAAUGCUACUGUUGAGUUCACUGCUGCUGGUAUUACUCAGACCAUGACCUGCUGUGGGAAGACUGCCAAGAGGGUGUACACUCGCCAGUAGUCACUAGGCACAGCUCUCCUAUUUUAUUGCACAUGUUAAAUUAAACCUCAUAAUUUUUCAACCUAAUUGAUAUUUCUUUAUUUUAUUCUGUUUAAUAUGAAUAAAUUUUCUGCACUUUAUGGAUCUGUAACUUCCUCACUUAAUGUAAUGAUCCAUUCUUCACCUAAAUCACUAAUUAGGUGAGUAUGUGACCUUUGCUAAGUAAACCUAAAUCACAAAUUAGAUGAGUAUGUGACCUUUGCUCUCUAAGUAAACCUAAAUCACAAAUUAGAUGAGUAUGUGACCUUUGCACUCUAAGUAAACUAAAUCACAAAUUAGAUGAGUAUGUGACCUUUGCUCUCUAAGUGAACAAUUAAACCUCUUUUUUAGA